UGGAGCCGUGUCGGGGCUGCAAAGCAGGAGCAGCUCCAAGGGGCUGCGGGGCCGCGACCCCCGGGUCCCCCGGCCGGGCCGGGGCCGUUCCGAGGUGCCGGGGCGGGGUCGGGGGUCCCGAGGGUCCCGAGGGGACGGGAACCAAAGCCCGGCUCAUCCCGGGAGAGGCGGAUCCAUCCCGGGCUGCCCAGGGUCCGCGGGGCUCCGGGGGCCGAUCGGAGCCGCACGAAACCCGGGCUGGUUUGGAAGGGAAAGCCGUGUGCGCUUCAGGAGGCUUUUUGAAGAGGCUUUUUGAAGAGGCUUUUUGAAGAGGCUUUUUUAAGGGCUGUGCCGCUGCGUGGCGGGAUGUAAACAGCCGGGGGCGAGUCUUUAUCACCGCAGAACAAUCCAGCGGGCGGGGUGGGUGCUGCUGGGCAGAGGAAGCGCAGCGGAGGCAGCGCCGCUCCCGGGGAGCCGCAGCUUUUAUCUGGGGCAGGGGCACACGAAGGAUCUCCAGGAUGCUCUCCCCUCAAAACGGAGCCUCGGCAGCUGGGAAGAGCUCGGCGAAUUCAAUCCUGCUCCAAGUUUGGAGGAGCUGAAGGAAAGAGCGCUGCCCUUCCUUCCCCGGCCGCUCCCGCAGGAAUUUCUGUUCUGCUCUGCUGAGCCCCCCGCCCUCGCCUGGAGAGAGAGGCAAGUUCUGCGGGCAGGCUUUGAGGUGAAAACAGCUCAAUUUGGCACCGCCUGCUCUGCCCUCCGGCCUGGCAGCUCGCGGCUGGUGUGGCUCAGGGGGUGGAUUUUGCCCUGGCAGCCCGAGGAAGGGGGAGGAUUUUGGGGAGGGGUCGGGGGCCGGGGGAGGGCUGAGCUGCUGCCCCAGCCGGGGCUGCUGGGGCUGGGGGCUUCUCCAGCCCGGCCAGGUGGGCAAAGGGCGUUUGGGAGCAGCAAAGAGCCUGGCUUGGUUUGUUUUCCUGCAUCUGUGCCCCUUGGAUUCAGGCAGGAACGAGUUACAGCCUAACUUUGAUGAGGAAAUUACAGAGUUUUUUAAAACAAACAGUCCCAUCCCCACCUCCUCCUGCUCCCAAACUUUUAAGAGCUUUUCCUGUCCCUGAAAUGAGGGCACUUGUCUGGGGCUGAGGCACAGAUCAGCACGGGAGCUGGACGUGGACCAGGUUUUUUUGGGACCUGUCUGAGCACGAGCAGGCAACUUUUCACAUCAAGGACGUGGAGCUCGGCCUGGCCAUGGCCGCGCUGGUGAUGCAGAAGCUGAGCCAGCUCUUCACCCACGCCGGGCUGCCUCGGCUGCUGGGGCCGCCGGCGCCGGGCACGGUGAGCAGCGCCGAGGUGCCGCCGGUCUUUUGGAAGCCCUACAUCCACGGCGGCUACCGGCCCCUGCGCCGGCCCUGGCGCUAUUACUUCUGCACGCUCUUCCAGCAGCACAACGAGGCCAUCAACGUGUGGUCGCACCUGGCGGCGGCGCUGGCGCUGCUGCUGCGCCUGCAGCGCCUCUGGCAGCGCGUGGACUUCGGGCAGGACGCGCACGCCCGGCCGCUGCUGCUCAUCCUGGCGGCCUCCAUCACCUACCUGACCUUCAGCAGCCUGGCCCACCUGCUGCAGGCCAAGUCCGAGUUCUGGCACUACAGCUUCUUCUUCCUGGACUACGUGGGGGUGGCGGUGUACCAGUACGGCAGCGCGCUGGGCCACUUCUACUACGCCAUCGAGCCGGGCUGGCACCGGCGCGUGCGCGGCUUCUUCCUGCCGCUGGCGGCGGCGCUGGCCUGGCUGUCCUGCGCCGGCUCCUGCUACGCCAAGUUCCGCUUCCACCCGCGCUGCCCGCUGCCCGGCCGCCUGUGCCAGGAGCUGCCCUCGGGGCUGGCCUACGCGCUGGACAUCAGCCCCGUGCUGCACCGCAUCUGCACGGCCGCGCGGCCCGACCCCGCGCUGCCCUACCACCAGGGCCAGGUGCUCUUCUUCCUCCUGGCGGCGUUCUUCUUCUCGCACCCCUACCCCGAGAAGUGGUUCCCCGGCAAGUGUCACUUCGUGGGGCAGAGCCACCAGAUCUUCCACGUGCUGCUGGUGCUGUGCACGCUGGCGCAGAUCGAGGCCGUGGUGCUGGACUACGAGGGCAGGAGGGAGAUCUACUCCUCCCUGCAGGGGGGCCCGGCUCACGACUUCUCCGCGCUGUUCCUGGUCACCGUCGCCUGCUCCGUGCUCACGGCCACCUACAUGGCCCGCAGGGUGAAGAACGAGCUGGGCCUCAAGGAGGAGUAAAGAAGGAAUGAGCUCAGCCCAAAUGCAGCCCCGAGCCCCCAGGGAAGGGGGUGAGCAGGGCACUGACGUGUCCUGCUGUGCUCAUUAUUGUCAUUUAACCCCAGCCCCCAGAUGCUGCUUCACAAACCGUUGCUCAGCAAGCGCUUUCUGUAGGCAAUGAGAGAUGCUCUUAGUGCUUUUUAAAUCCAGCCUGGUUCCAGCUCGCUCACAGAACAGCACAGGGUUCAGCUCACCUCUGAAUAAACAGUUGGAACAAA